AUGUCUGUUGAUGGAGUACCUUCCCGUGAAGAAGUUCUAUACAAGAAGAAUACCUCGGCGCCGUACUGUUCACAGACAUCGAAAACCCGAAAGAGCAAAAGAAAAUCCAAGAAGGCAACGAAAUCGUUAAAUCAAGACAGCAAAGUAGACAAAUCGAAGAAGGACGUCAAGUCUGCAACUGCCAAUACGGGCGGUCAUGAACAUGUUAUUUAUCAAGUCAACUACGAUAGCGAUGAUGAAAACGAGGCACUCUGUCUCGAAAACAUAGCCAAAGCCGGCGGUGGUAAGAAUGUUAGUCAUCAUGUUAACUAUGACAGCGAUGAUUGA